AUGGCUAUGCCAUUCCUACGAAUGGUUGGUAACUACAUCGCGCCGCCAGCCGCGAAAAGUGAAGACGGACGCGAUCAAUGGCCAUCAAGAGCAGCAUUCCUCCUCGCAGCCAUGGGAGGCUGUGCCGGGCAAGGAAAUCUUCUGAGAUACCCCAGCGUACUCUACAACAACUACGUUAACAACAUGAACCGUCGACUCAAGGGCGUCGGCAUGGGCCCUGUUAUUGUCAGCUUCCUCGUUGUACAAUACUUCACAGUCAACCUCGCGUGGAUUAUGCAGUACUUUCGUUACAGUUUCACCAGCCCGUUGCCGUGGGAAAACCGCAUCGACGAGUUCUACUACAACGAUGUGCUGCAGCGCGGUAACAUCACCGAGGGGAGCUUGAGUGCAGAUGGUAACUCUGUGGCUUCGUUUACUGUGUAUCCUAGUAAAGCGCUUCUGGGUGAAACUGUUGCGUGGAGCAUCUUUGUCUGGUUCCUCAUCUGGAUCUCCAUCUUUCGGGGCGUGGGUAUGACAGGUCGCGUCGUCUACUUUACCAUGGGCCUGCCGAUUGUCACGACCAUCAUCUUCGUCGGGAGAGCACUGUCACUUCCAAAUGCUCGCGAAGGAGUCGAUCUUGUGUGGAGAACUUGGAGGAGCGAUCAGUUGGCCUCGGGUGUUGUUUGGCAGACUGCAGUCGGCCAAGUCUUCUUCUCUACUGGUAUCGGCUUCGGAUACUUCACAUCUUAUGCCAGUUACAACACCAAGCAUGCCAAUGCUGUCAUGGAUGCUUGCCUCAUCUGCGGUAGCAAUGUUCUGUUUGAGAACUUUGCGGCCUUUGCUGUCUUUGGGGUUGUCGGGUAUCUGCGCCGAUGGCCGCAAGAUGGUGUUAGACUAGGAGCUUUUGUCGUUGGGUUCUUGACACUACCGGAAGCGGUAUUGCAGAUGCCAGGAGCAAACUUCUGGGCUGUGCUGCUGUUCUUCACUCUAGUUGUGCUGGGGUUCAGUUCGGCUUUUGUCAUGCUUGACGUUGUGGUCACACUGAUUUGUGACUCUGGGCUGGUCAAGGCUUCACGACCUGUUGUCGUCACCGCACUUACUGUGCUCUCCUUCUUGAUGUGCCUACCAUAUUGCACAGAAUUCGGCUACUACCUACUGGAUGGAAUCGACCGUUGGGUAAACAACGUAGCCCUCAUUUUUGUCGUCUGGAGCGAAGUUUCCAGCGCAACAACAGUGUACCGAUGGAGAGACAUUGUGGACCAGACCGGCCUACCCGCCUUCAUCGUCUACAACAUAGGCUUCUUCGGCGGUCAAGUCUUCGGCAUCAGCUUAGCGCACGGUAUCGGACGUCCCGGAGCAGGCGCUGGUGCUGGCAUCGGCUUCUACGCUCUGUUUGCGAUUAUAGCAGUUCUGUUGGCGCGAACACCGGAUGCACGUGCUCCUUCGUUCUGGAAUUGCAAUGCUUUCAUCCGAAGACUUUGGUUCCUGGCGUUCUACUCGGGUAACCAACUCCGCCGCGACCUCAACGUCAUCGUCGGUCAAGGCAAGAACUGGAAAAUUCCGGCUUUCAUGCCCUUCCUCCUCCGCUACCUCAGUGGACCUGUUUUGGCCAUCAUUUUGUCUUUCGCCUUUCCGGAGUUCCACACUCUCCGCUAUGACCCCAUGAUGAUUGCUGGCUUCAUAUUGUCCAUCCUGACGAUCAUCGUUAUUCUGCUAGGUUUGAUAAUGCCUCGGUACUACGAUGCUUUUAUCCCUGUACAUCGACGUUUCGAGGGUACGGAACCAACUGUGGCUAUGCAAACAAAGGACGAAUUGGGUGGAAGACCAAUCGCGGAUGUGGUGACGGCUGAACAGGGCGACUCGGGUAUCCUACGGGAUUCGUCGUCUGUGCAAGAGGUAAAUGACGAUAAGAAGGUUAAGAAGGCGGGUGUAUGA